AUGACGCUUGUUUCUAUCCCAACUACCAAGCUUCCUGCUCUGGACACAGUCGAUCAGUACGCAGUCGACGAUUUUUCGCAGAGCUCAGUAGUCCUGAGCCCCCGCAUCGAGCUUGCUUGCGAUACCAAUCUCCAAGCUGUUGCAAGUGACCUCGUUCAAGGAUACGCUCGCUUUGUCUCGAGCUUCACAGGUCUGGAUGAGAUUGCAUUCCUUGUCGCCCGUCAUGCAACCACCAUCUCUGGUCCAGAGAAAGAGCGCGGUGUGGUCUGUGCUUCUGUACUUCGGGAAGCCGAUGGCCAGCACUGCACCAUCAAAGAGGUGGACGAACAGUAUCAUGAUGCUGAUGAAGUCCACUUCUGUCUGGCUUUGGGAUUCUGCGAGGAACCUGAAAAUGGCGAGCAACAACCCCUUUUCAAGGGUACUGCAAACAAUUUCACGCUAUACGCGGGGCCUUCCACCACCGCUACUAGCAUCCAGAUCUGCUUUAGCUAUCCCGACCGACUGAUCCCCGUCGUUGCAGUGGAUUCGAUGCUCAGGACCAUUGCCGCUCGCUUGGCAGAUUCGUCUCCGUCAUUGGCCUUCGAGGCCUCCCUCCCCGAGCUUUCUGUUAUGAAUUUCCCUCCAUCUAUGAUACCCCCUUCACGACGCCAUGAUUGGAAUGAAUUGACUGAUUCUACGAUACCCCAACAACAUCUUCUCCACACUGCGUUUGAGGGCUGGGCCCGGACAAAGCCUGAUGCCAUAGCCCUCGAUUUCGUUCAUUCUUUACCUUCUGCAACUUGUUCUGCAAAGCACAGCAUUCUCACUUAUUCUGACCUCGAUCAAGCAGCCACUAAUCUAGCUGUACAUAUCAGGGGCCUGCUGGCGGCCCGCGAUGCUGCUGAUUAUGGGCGGAUUAUCCCUGUGUACAUGACGACAUCGCCCGAACUGUACAUCUCAUACCUUGGCAUAUUGAAAGCCGGGUUUGCAUUUUCGCCUAUUCCACAGGAUGCUCCCGUGGAUAGGAUUCUUGAAAUUCUUCAGGACAUAGACUGUCCUAUCCUUCUGGGUAAUAUACCCGAGCCAUCUUUGGGGCCUUGGUCUACUGAUGAGCGUGGUGAAGAUGAGCGCAUGCCCGUAUGGGUCAACGUAAAGGACGUUUCCAGAUGGGAGGAGCUGAUAGAUCGUACUCAAUCCUCGCAAGCUGAGAGUGUCCUUGAGAAAGUGGAUAUCCAGGAUGACCAAAUCGCUUAUCUUCUCUUUACGAGUGGCUCCACUGGGAAGCCGAAAGGUGUGCAAGUAAGCCAUCUUGCAGUCACCUGCUCAAUAGAGUCCCAUGCUACGACUAUCCCGCUCCCUGGAGAUUUUGUAGGCAACUUCCGCUGGUUUCAAUUUGCCUCUCCCACGUUCGACCCGUCCCUCAUGGAGAUUUUCGUCACCUUGAGCACCGGAGCUACUCUCUGCUCUGCCGAUCGGAGCCUGACAUUGACUGAUCUCGAAGCCACCAUUAACGAAGCAAGGGCGACCGUCAUGAUGGCUACGCCGAGCUUGGCUGCACUCUUGCGACCAUCCCGAUUGAACACACUCCAAUCCCUCUGGACGAUGGGCGAGAAGCUCAAUAGGACAGUCAUUGCAAAUUUCUCAACUACAUCACUCGAUGAACCGCAUAGAAUGUUGGUGAACGCAUAUGGACCCACUGAGGCCGCCAUUAAUUGUACCUAUUUGGCACCAGUUGGUCGCUCGGUUCGGGGCUCAAUUAUUGGCAAAGCGCUUCCGACUUGCGCGAUGUUUGUCCUAGAUCCCAACAAUCACGAACCAAGACCAGUCGCAGCGGGUCUUGCUGGUGAGCUGGCAAUAGGAGGUCCGCAAGUCAGCAAGGGUUAUUUGAACCGCCCGAAGGAAACUGCGAAGGCUUUUGUGAACAGCGCAGAGUUUGGGUACUUGUAUCGUACUGGGGACAUGGCGCGCAUCGUCUGGGACGAAUCCGGCUCUCCAGUGAUUGAGUUUCUCGGUCGGAUAACCUCAGAUCAGGUGAAAAUCAGCGGCCGGCGGCUUGAACUGGGCGAGAUUGAGUCGGUUCUGUCUACAAUCCCUGGAGUAACAGAAGUUGUGGCCGUGGUACUCAAACGCGACUUCGAUGUACAGGGAAGUGAGCAAAUAGUGGCGUCUCUCGUUAUCAACAACAGCGACACGAGUGCUGUCGAGAAACAGACGAUAGCAAAUGAGGCACACUCCAAAGCGCAGCAAUAUCUGUCCAGUUAUAUGUGCCCUUCCGCAUAUGUUUUCUUUCCUAGCCUCCCACGAUCGAGCUCCGGCAAGGUUGACCGCAAAGCAAUCUCGGCUCAACUUCGAGAACCAGGCAAGAGUGGUGUUCAAUUGUACACCCCACAGAAGACUGUUCCAGACACUACGACUGAUGUGCAUAAUCAGUGGGAAAUUCCGGAGGACGAGAAUCUGUUGUCUGUACAACAGCUUGUGAUUGAACUCAUCGCUCAGACAACAGACGAGGAUGUCGCUGCUGUCACGCCUGAGGCUGGUCUGUAUUCCCUCGGAAUUGACAGUCUCGGCGCGAUGCGACUUCUGCAGCGGUUACGGGACCAUGCUAUUGAUGGUCUGUCUGUCGGCGAUGUGUUGCAGUCACCGACACCGGAAGCUCUGGUUUCACUCGUCUUCCAGCGUCGUCAGAUGGCGGGAAAGGCAGAUACUGACGAAAUCCACGACCCGCUCCAUCAGAAGCUUCAAGAAUUCAGUCAACGAAAUGCACUCAUAUGUGCAGAAAGACUAGACUUGAUGCCGAGUCAAGUUGCGAGAGUUCUUCCGACAACAGCAACGCAAUCAGGCAUGCUAACCAGUUUUCUGCGUAGUUCAUCUGAUAAGACAUCUGCGGCUCGCUCGUACAUCUACCAUACCGUCCUGCGGCUUGAAUCUGAUGUCGACCUUCCCAAGAUUCAGAGGGCUUGGGAUACGGUCCUUGCCAGCUAUGAUUCUUUUCGCACAGUAUUUUGUUGGGUUGACGAUGAUAUGGCGCCAUUUGCCCAAUGCAUUCUUGCUUCUGAAGCAGCGCCUCACGCUGAUUGGGCUGUCUAUCAAGUAACCGAGACUGUCUCGAACGAGGCGGCUCUUCAAACUGCACUCCGCGAUGCGGAGGAGGCCAUUGAUCUUAGCAAACCACCUUUUAGGUUGUCUCUGGUCAGUAGUCACACAGGGAGCCAGAUUGUUCUGAGUAUGUUCCACGGAAUCUUCGACGGUGGCUCACUGCAGCUCUUGCUUGAGGAUGUAACUUCUAUCUACUAUAGCAAGCCAGCCAAGCAACGAACUUCUAUUGAGCAUGUUGUGAAGCAUCACUUUCAGUCAAAUCAGGCCGCAACCUCCGAUUUCUGGAACAGGCAUUUAGCACAACACUCUCCUGUUUCGUUUCCAUCCUUGACCUCAUACCGACCAUCUUCAGUCAAAACCACCGGCUGCGCGGAGAUCACAGCCAAUAUCCGUCAUGAUACCCUCAAGAACAGAUCUAAAGUUAUUGGAUCAAGUCCUCUUUCUGUACUUCAGGCAGCCUGGGGAUCAAUCUUGUUAGCUUACAGUGGUACGCCUGAUCGGGAUGUUGUGAUGGGCAGCGUUAUCUCAGGCCGCCUUGACAUUGUCUCGGAAACCUGCAUUGGCCCGACAUUCACCACUGUUCCGAUCAGACUCACUCUUGAGAAUUCGCAGACCAAUUCAGCUGACACCUGCACAAAUCGCGCCAUCACCCAAUGCCUAACAAAGCUCAAUGCAGACGCUCUGUCUCACCUGCAACCUGGCUUGGGAUCGCUCGUUACGGCGGAAGGAAGACUUCCAUAUGAUACACUGAUAGCGUAUCAAGAUUUCAGCGCAGGCUCCAAUGCAAGUGGUAUCUGGAGCUCAAUCCAUCACCCGCCCAUGGCGAAUGACUUUGCAGUUAUGAUUGAGGUGUGGCCGUGUUCCGACUCCUCCUUGACAUUCCGUGCCAGUUUCGAUGAGUCCAAGCUUGAUCUGAGUUCGGCAAAGAUGAUGCUAGGACAGAUGUCUGACAUCGUCGAAUUCAUCCUCAAUGAGCCAGAAGGGAGAUUUCUCGAAGGCCCGAUGAAGACCAAUUGUAACUCGAAAUCAUGCUUCAAUCCGCAAUCAAAAAUUAUCGAGGAGGCAGAAAAAGGAUCUCUCUUACAAUCGCAGUUUGAGGACCACGCACAAUCACACCCUGAAGACCAUGCUUUGAUUUUCAAGCAUAAUCUGGAUGAUGAAAAUGACGUGCGGAAUAUCACCUGGUCUUACGGGAAGCUCAAUGACAUAGCCCAAAGACUUGCAGUGCAUCUUACCCGGAUCAGUGGUGAGCUCAACAACCGUCCGAUUCCAAUCUGCAUCGAGAAGAGCCCUGCCAUGUAUGUUGCGAUCCUCGGUAUUCUCAAGGCUGGAGGCGCCUGGUGUCCAAUCGACACUAUGUCUCCCGCACAGCGCCGUCACGACUUGAUCGCCCGAACUUCAUCUGACAUUUUACUGGUUUCUGACUUUGAUGGACCCCAGCCAGAAGGCUCGAUUCCUGCCAGGGUACAGAUCAUAGAUGUGAAUAGGUUCGUUGAUGAGACAUCAGCUGAAACGAACGGAGUGAAUUCCACCAUUGUCAGAUCUCCAGCCAACUGCAACGAUAUGGCGUAUUUGAUCUGGACCAGUGGAACAACAGGCGCACCCAAAGGUGUGCCGAUCAAACACUCGUCUGCUGUGUCUAGUAUGAGAACGCUGCAGAAAGAUAUUCCUACGGAUGUGCCGGGGGGUGUAAGAUGCUUGCAAUUUUCGUCUUACACUUUCGAUGUAUCAAUUCAGGAUAUCUUUUAUACCUGGGGUGUUGGUGGCGUACUCAUUUCUGCUACGAGAGAUAUCAUGCUUGGGUCAUUUUCAAGGCUCGCCAAUGUUACCAAAGCAACGCAUGCGCAUUUGACCCCUGCUUUCUCAGCUGGAGUACCUCGGAAGAGCUGUGAGACAUUACAGGUCAUUACCAUGAUUGGCGAAAAGCUGACACAGUCCGUGGCUGAUGAUUGGGGUACCAAUAUGAGGGCUUUUAAUACAUACGGACCAGCCGAGGUUACAGUCGUCUCGACCAUCAGAGAGUUCGGCAAUGAACAUAAGAAUGUCAAAAGCGCGAACAUUGGUUGGCCCAUGGAGACUGUCUCGGUCUUCGUGACCAAGGGUCAGCGCCUGGUCAUGAAGAAUGCCAUCGGAGAGCUGGCACUCGGCGGUCCACAGCUCUCGCCUGGCUAUCUGAAUCAGGACGACGUCACGAAGGCGAAGUACGUCUGGAACGAAGAAGCUCAACAAAUCGUCUACUAUACUGGUGACCUCGUUCGAAUGCUUGCCGAUGGCUCUCUUGAGUACAUCAACCGCGUCGAUGAUCUAGUCAAGCUGGGCGGUAUUCGGGUGGAGCUGAGUGAGAUAAGCUUCUCCCUGCGAGAAUGUCAUCAAUUUGUUGAGAGCAUUGAGACUCUUGUUCUCAGUCGUCCGGACAGGCCAAAUAGUGUGGUGGUCGCCUUUCUCUCGGCGCCGAAAGCUGCAGCUAUGGAAGAGCAGAAUCAAACGGUAUUACUGGGACAAUCCGCUGUCGAAAUAGCUCGAGCUGCCAGCGAACAAGCUCUGCGUGUUCUGCCCGAUCAUAUGAUACCUUCUGUCUUUCUUGUGGUGUCUAAUAUUCCGAAAACUCCUUCAGCCAAGACUGAUCGCAGGGCACUACAAGCUGCCUAUGCAUCGGUUGACAUCGAUGGCUGGGAAACCGAAACAAGCUUGGCCAAUGGUUCGCUGGGUACUGUCGUCGAUUCCGUUGACGCAUCCGUUGCUGCCCACAUAGUUGAGACAAUUUCUUCAUUGGCCGGCAUUUCAACCUCACUUGUCUCCAAGUCCAGCCGGCUUGGUAGCCUCGGCAUCGAUUCGAUUCGCGCAAUUCGGGUGGCCUCUAGACUGAAAGAAGCCGGCCAUCAAAUUUCGGUCGUUGACGUUCUCAAUUGCGUGACUGUCCAGGAUUUGAUGCUGCUAGUUUCUGACGCAAGUCAAGGUACUCCAGCCGAAAUAUCCGAAUCGUUCGACGUGAGCGAUUUCAAUGAGACAUGGCAUAGUGCCGCUGCGAAUCACAUUGGAAAAAGCUUUAGGAUCCUCAAAGCAUCUCCAUUACAGGAAAGUUUGCUUAGUGAGACAAUGGGCACUUACUCCAUGUAUUGGAGCAAUCACUUCUUUCUCUUGGACGACAUGGUGGAUCUCACAAGGUUGAAGCAAGCUUGGCUCGCUACGUGCCAACGCACCGAAGCUUUGAGGAUUGGAUUUAUUCCUGUCGCUGAAAUUGGAACAUCAGGCCCCAGUACGGCCGAUAACCGUGAUUCAUCUAUACUGCAGAUUGUCUAUCAACUUCCCGACCUCAACUGGAAGGUUCUGCAAUGCCCUGAAUCUGAUAUGGCGGAGCUUCGUGACGAAAGAUUGCAUGAUAUCAUGUCCACGCAUCAGAAGGCCUACUUCAGACACCCACCGUGGGCUGUCACCAUAUUUGAUACUGGCGCCGAACGUAUUAUGAUGUUCACAGUCCAUCACUCUAUACAUGACGAGCCUUCACUUGGUCUCAUGUUAGACGACGUGCGAUGUGCUUAUACUUACAAACCGCCCUUGCGGGUACAGCUUAGUGAUGCCUUCGCACUCAUCCUUCCAAACGAAAAGAGGAUCAAGAAGACUAGCCAGUUCUGGGAAUCGCAGCUGAAGAACUUUUCUGACCAAGAUGCUCCUGUUUGGCCAGAUCUUACUGGCACGAGAACGCAACCGGGCGAAGUCCCAGUGUACGAGUUGAUCUCAGAAGGGCUUCCCUUGACCGAGCCGAGCGCCAAGUUGCAGACAACUGCAGUAGAAUUGGGACUGUCGUCAAUCGCGUCCAUCAUUCGCGCAGCGUGGUGUUAUGUAUCAUUAAGCUACCUUGGAGUUCCAGCAGCCGUGUUUGCUGAGACGCUCUCUGAUCGUGUUCUACACCCCGACCUUGAGAACAGCAUUGGUCCCUUGAUAUCCGUCGUACCCGUUCCAUUCCACCCCAACGGAAGCGUUCGGGAGAUACUUGUCAAUCAGCAUCAAGUCUCUGUCCAGUCCUGGAAGUACCGUCAUAUUCAUGCUCGCGAGGUUCGAAAGUGGUUGCACCGUCAGAGAGGCGAGGCGCUAUACCCUGCGGUAUUCAAUUUCCAUAUUGUCACCGAUGACUCUAUUGAGCACAUAGAGCCAAGCAUCUGGCAUGGAUUGGAUGAUGAGGUGGGCCUACACGUCGAACACCCCAUGGCGUUCAAUGUUUUCCAGCGCUCCAACGGUACGAUACAUAUAGAAGCCACUUCAGACAGCAAGAUAAUGUCACGAGCCCAGCUGUCGGUCUUUGUCCGCCAAGUUGAUGGAUUGGUGAGUUCAAUGCUCUCAUCGAUUGACGAGUCUUUCGGAAGUCUGGUCAACCAUCUUCCGAAAUGUCUGCGGUCGAUUUCGGACCAACCGGUUAGUGAAGAAGUGGCAAACUCAGUGCGGCUGAGUCCAACGCAUUGGCUCGAGGUAUAUGCUGCAAGAAGUCCUGAGUUGAUUGCCGUUGAGGUUGCCAGUCGCAUAGCAGAGUCCGGGAUCGAGAAGGAGACAAUGACCUAUGGUACAUUGAAUGCCGAGGCGAAUCGAGUGGCUGCCUACAUCGCCUCACUAGGUCACAAGAACAGAAUGAUCGCGGUUUGCUCCGAGCGAGAUUUGAUCUCGUAUCCUAUCAUCAUUGGCAUCUUCAAGUCGGGAAAUACUUAUCUCCCAAUCGACGACGGUCUCCCGGCUGAUCGAAAAGCUUUCUUGAUCGAGGAUGGCAAUUGCCCGCUCGUCUUCACCGAGAAAUCAUUUGCUGCAUCUUUCGGAAAUGUGCCGGAGACCUGCCAGAUAACGUGCUUUGAUGAUACUCAGUUCUCUGAGUCAUUGAGAGCGAUGGGAACCGAGGACAAGGACUACAUGUCUGAUCCAGAUGAUCUAGCCUACCUGCUGUAUACCUCUGGAUCGACAGGCAAACCCAAAGGCGUCAUGGUAACCAGAGGCAAUCUUUCGUCAUUCAUCGAGUCCUUUUCUGAAUUCACCUGCCGACGUGCCCCUGUCACUUUGGAGCUUGCGGGAACUGGCAGAUACCUCGCUCAAGCCAGCCGUGCCUUUGAUCCUCACCUUUUGGAGAUGUUCUUCCCAUGGAGACAUGGCAUGGCGACCGCGACAGCUCCUAGAGCUAUGAUUCUCAAUGAUCUCGGAUUGACGAUCUCCAAAUGGGAGAUCACGCACGCCAGCCUUGUUCCAUCCUUGGUGGAUCAGUCGAAUAUCGUCCCUGCGCAAUGCCCCAGUCUGAAGUACAUGACUGUUGGCGGCGAAAAGAUAUCGCAGAAAGUUUUGGAUACAUGGGCUUCGGCACCAGGAUUUGCUCUUGUGAAUGCAUACGGUCCUACCGAGGCAACAAUCGGCUGCACUUUCGCUCCAGUGGGCAAAGAGACGAAUCUACGUAACAUUGGGCCUCCACUAAGUGCUUGUGUCGGUCAUGUCCUCAUGCCUGGCACACUCACAUACGCUCUCAGGGGCCAGACAGGAGAACUCUGUUUCACGGGUGACCUUGUUGCAAAGGGUUAUCUCAAUAGGCCCGAUGCAACGGGGUUUGUUGCCGGGCCGAAUGGGGAGAAGAUGUAUCGUACUGGCGAUAUUGGACGCUUGAUGCCAGAUGACUCGGUCGAGUAUCUCGGCCGAGGCGAUGAUCAGACCAAGAUUCGUGGCCAACGACUAGAGCUUGGAGAGGUUUCCGAGGUCAUUCGCUCCUCUUGUAGUCUUGACAUCAGUGUUGUCACGACGGUCGCAAAACACCCUGGCCUCUCAAGGCAGCAGCUAAUCUCCUUUAUUGCGCGAUCCAACGCCCACAAAAGUGGGCAAGACGCAAAUGUCGCAUUCCUGUUCUCGGAAUUCGCCACGCUCGGUAAAGAGCUGCAAGAUGCGUGCAAGAGAAAGCUACCGAAUUACAUGGUGCCUGAGCUUAUUCUUCCCAUCACUUAUAUUCCGCUGGCGCCUCUGUCCGGCAAAGCGAACAUCAAGGAACUGGCUGCUCUCUUCUCCGACAUCCCCCUUACCACUGUUCUUCAAGGAAACAAUGCCUCGAGCAAAGAUGGCACCAUUGGUAACCGGCCUUUAUCUGCCGAUGAGGAGGCUGUGGUGAGAGAACUCUGCGAAAUUGUUGCGGCAGAUCCAACAUCAAUCGGACCUAUGACGAACAUUUUUGAGAUCGGUUUGGAUAGUCUCAGCGCGAUUGGUCUCUCAAUCAAGCUCAGAGGAAUUGGCUAUCAGGCUACAGUGGCUCUUGUCAUGAGUAACCCUUUCGUCGAGCAACUUGCACGUUUGCCUAGACGUUCCUCUUCGGCGACAGAGAAUGCUAUCUCAACUAUUCGUCAGCAAUUUGCCCAAAUUGAGUCUGAGUAUAGGGAGCAUCCUGUUGCAGAUACUGAUCCAGCUCGCGUGGCUGCGAUUCGGCCUUGCUUGCCCCUCCAAGAAGGUCUAGUUGCGCGAUCCAUGAAUGUUGAAGGCCGCCACCUUUACGUCAAUCACAUCAUACUGAAACUUGAUCAAUCUGUUGAUGUGGAUAUGCUAAAGACUGCGUGGCAAACGGUCGCCAAUGACAAUGAGAUAUUGAGAACUGCUUUUGCUCCCUUCGACAAGCAGAUAGUGCAGGUGAUACUUGCAGCUGAUGCCCAUCAUAUUUGCUGGGUGGAAGAAGAGUACGACAACUUGGACGAAUGCAUGAAGAGACAUCAGGACAAUCAUGACCAGAUCUCUCGAGAAAUAGUCUCAAACAUGACUAGAUCUCCACCUGUACGAUUCUCAGUUGCAAAGUCCUCUGGUACCAAUGAGCCUCUUGCAUUGUUCAUCGAUAUUCACCAUGCACUUUACGACGGCGAGUCCUUCUUCAUGUUGAUGGAGGAUGUUGCAGCCCGGUAUGCAGGUGAUGAAGUGGCCCAGAGAGGCUCACCGUCAGAAUUCAUCGAGCAUGUAUACACCCAGAAUCUGGACAAAACAAAAGAGCAUUGGGUUUCGUUUCUGGCGGGCUAUCGCCCUACAACUUUCCGAAGAGAUGCCGAUGCCAUGAAGGAUUCUGCUUCCCGAAGCAGGAAGCUCCACAACAGUCUUAGCGAACUGGACCGGUGCUCCGCAGCCCUCCAUACCACCGUGCCAUCUCUAGUCCAAGCAGUAUUCGCGCUCCUUUUGGCGGAUACUGUUGGAGCUCCCGACGUGACAUACGGUUUGGUGCUGUCGGGCAGAGCCGUGUCUGUACCAGGCGCAUCGUCCGUUCUACUACCGUGCAUCACCACUGUCCCAGGCCGUCUUAAUGUCACCGAACUAGAAACCGUUGACGAGGUAAUCGAACAUGUGCAAAAGUCUACAAUCCGAUCUCUAGAGUUCCAACACACUCCCCUGAGACACAUUCAGCGAUGGAUUGACGCCGAAGCACCACUGUUUGACUGCCUUUUCUCAUACAUCCGCACCACACAUUCCCCCAAACACUGCAUGUGGCAGGAGUUGGAUAGCCACAUGCCUGCUGAAUACCCUUUUGCAGUGGAAGUCGAGGCGAACCAUGCAACGGACACGAUCCAACUGCACUGUAACUUCUCGUCGUCAUUUGGAUCUCCCUACGAUGCGGAGGUAUUUUUAGAGAAGAUGGAGGCCGUGAUCUCGAGUGUGGUGUCUGGUGAGGGUCUUUCUUUGGCCAAUUUUAACUUAUCCCGGCCCUCCACACCGGGCACACAGUCUCCCAUUAUUGCAUGGGACAACUCCAACUGGUCCUCCAUAGAAACUCAGAUUCGAGAGCACACUGCGGACUUCUGUGGACUGGCCAUAGGGGACAUCACGAAGGGUGCAUCGUUCCUGAGUCUAGGUAUCGACUCGGUCACGGCGAUCCAAUUCUCCCGCAGACUUCGCGAUGUGGGAUUGAGCGUCUCUUCGUCCGACGUGAUGCGAUAUUCCUGCAUAGGCGCACUUGCCAAGUACAUCGAUGACGUUACCAGCAAUGGGGUCCCAGAUCAGGACCUAGAAAGCGUCGAAGGUGACCAAAUUGAUGUUGCAAUCUACGGUCAAUACGCCCGCCUUCUGGGCAAGGAGGAUUCUAUCACUGCGAUGUUCGAGACUACGUCUUUGCAGUCGGGAAUGCUCACUCAAACCCUAGCCACCGAGGGGCAGGUCUAUGUCUACCCCCAUCCCGUCAGGCUUGCCAAUUCCGUUGACAUCACUUGUCUCAAAGCGGCUCUGGUCCAGGUCAUUGAGCGAAAUGAUAUCCUGCGCACCUCAUUCCACCAGAUAGAAGAGCUCGGGACUUCCUGGAUUGGUGCUGUCCAUAGCAAACCACCACUUGAAUGGGCAGAGAUCACCCUACCCUCUGACGCGAACGUCCUGUCAGAGAUUGCGGCUAUGUACUCUUUUCGGGAAGAAUCUAGCUUCGAAACUCCUCCUCUCAAAAAUUUCUUGGUCAGCCAACCGGAGGGGAGGGUCCUUGUGAUUGUCUUGCACCAUGCGCUCUAUGAUGGUGCUUCUAUCCCGUACUUCUUCGAAGAUUUGGCGAUGAUUUACAAUGGUGAUUCGGCCCCGGAGAGACCGAAUUUCUCGGAAACAGUCAAGCAUAUUCUGAAAGGACAAGACGAGUCGUCCAAGUUCUGGACUCAAAGAUUACAGGGAUAUGAGAUCUCUGAGCUUCCUCUGCUUCCUACCUCUGAAUCUGCCGACUGUGUGUACACUUCCGAGCGACUAUUGGAUGUCGAUCUGUCUACAGUAAUUGAGGCUUGUAAAGCAAUGGAGGUCACAGUUCAAAGCGUGUCUCUCUUGGCCUACGCCAAGUUGCUGGCUCAUCUUAUGGGGAAGCGCGAUGUGGUAUUUGGACAAGUCCUGGCGGGGCGGUCGCUGUCAGUGGCAGGAGCUGAGAAGACCCUGGGACCCCUCUUCAACACUGUGGCCCAGAGAGUCAGUUUCGAGCCAAAGUUCCUAAGCAACAAGGCAAUGGCUCUUCGCCUGCAACAAAUGACAACUGAUGCACAGAUGCACCAGAAUGCGCCUUUGCGCAUGGUGCAAAAUUCGCUCAGACGGUCUAAUGCUCUUACCUCGGCAUCGUUGUUUGAUACUCUUUUUGUCUUCCAGAAGAGUGCGGACUUUGCCGGCAGUGUUGUCAGUGAGCAGACGAUCUGGACCCCGUAUGAGGUUGACGGUUAUACCAUGCAGGCUGAGUACAAACUGAACAUCGAGGUGGAUCAUGCUAGCCAUGGCCUUGUGGUCAAUGCUGCCUGCAGUGGGAAACAUUUCAGCCAGACUGCGCUUGACAAGCUCCUGGAUGAGUAUGCUGCAAUCAUCAGCGAUAUCGUCGAACACCCCACGAGGUGUGCGACAAUUGUGCCCGAGGGCCUUGGUGAUCUUCCCAUGAAAUUGUCUCGGGAUGAAUCGCAGGAUGAUGAGGUCGAAGAUUCCGCUAAGCCUGUGCAUGAAGACAUAGUCCGAUCCAUACUUGCAGAGGUGGCUGGUGUCACCGUGGACAAUAUCAAACCGGACACUAGCAUCUUUAGCAUCGGGCUGGACUCCCUGUCAGCCAUUCGCAUCGCCUCUCUCUGUCGCGCAAAGGGACUCAGAACUGGCGUUGCCGACAUACUGCAAGGAAACACUCUUCGCGGUAUCAGUCAACGGAUUCAGCCUGUCUCUGAGGAUCGCACGCAGUCGCGGGGGUCCCUCAUUGAGAACUACGAGCAGGUCGAGGAGGGUGUCCUCCAGCAACUUAGUCUGGAGAAGAGUUCGGUCGAAGCAAUCCUUCCGUGCCUCGGUGGACAGUACUAUCACCUUGCCAGCUGGCUCAAGUCCGGAAGAAAGUUGUUUGAACCUGCCUGGCCGUACUUUUGCUCCGAGCGUGUUGAUGCCGCACGGCUAGAGGAGGCUUGGUUUCGACUGCAGCAGAGACAUCCCAUACUGCGGACCUGCUUUGCAGCGACCUCUGCCACAAACGCCGUACAAGUUGUCCUGAAGCAAGCGAUGCGUGACACAAGCAAGUUCCAGGUCAUUGAAUAUUCCUGCCCUAUCACGGAAGCUGCCAAGGUUCAAGCCAGGGAAGAGGCGCUGCUUCCGUCCUCCCUGUCCACGCCUCCUGUCCGUCUGCGGCUCUUGAAAGCCAGUGAUCGUGAUGGUAUUCUCGUGCUGAUCAACCACGCUGCGUACGAUGCGUGGACCAUGCCAAUGUUUGUGACUGAGCUUGCCCAGCUCUACCGUGGUCAGGAGCUCGACAGCAAUCCUGACUUCCCGGCCUUCGUGGAUUUCUCGCUUGGCUCUCUCCGUGAGCUCGAUGAAAAGCAAUACUGGUCGUCAACUGUGGGGUCAGCCACCCCUACUCUGAUCAAGAAAGCCCACAGCAGCGGAGAGGUGCCAGAGCAGCUAUUCGUCGGUGCCUGGGAAAAGGUCAAGGGCUUGUCGAGAUUGGAAAGCACCUGUCGGGCAGCAGGCAUCAGCCUGCAGACGGUGGUUCUCCUCGCGGUUUCUCGCAGCAUCGCUCGACUUACCGGGGUGUCGGCCCCUACGAUGGGUCUUUACCAGACUGGCCGUUCUGCAUCCUUCGACAACAUCGACAGAUUAUCCGGCCCAUGUCUCAAUGUGAAUCCAUUCCGUGUUCCUGGGGUCACGCCGGACGAGGAUGCCUCUCCGACUGAUGCUCUUGUCGAGCAGGCACGAGCCAUCCAGUCGGCCCUCGCAGAGCGUGUGUCGUACGAGCAGAGCUCGCUCCAAGACGUGCUCUCGUGGUCCAGCACCCAACAAACCGGCGGCCACUUAUUCAACACCUGGGUGAACCUGCUUUGGAUGCAGAACGCUGUCCCGUCCGCCAAUGACACCGCGCCGGAUGCGGACGUAGACGAGAGCAGCGAGCUGUUCUUGCCGUUGCAAAUCGGCGUCCCGACGGACUUCAUCCCAUCGGAGCCGCUAGCCGAGACGGCAACAUCGGUGGCGGCUUUGGACACGUCCUUCCUUCCUGACGAGAAUGUGUAUAUUGAUAUUGGCCCUGAUUCCAAGACUGACUCAAUUGGGUUUGGUGUGCGGGUCGAGGGGGGCAUUCUGGAUGAAGAAGAGGUGCAUAGUCUGUUGACGGAGAUUGCGGGUGAGAUCGAGGGGGUUGUUUCGGUACUUGGUGCGGCUUGA